AUGGCAUCUGAGAAAGCUGUAUUCCAAAGUUGUGUCUCCAAUAUAAAUCUAUACUUACACAAUCUUAUUGAAACUCGUGACUCUUUGUUUACGGUUUCAGUUCGCCAGCACCUCGCGAAAAAACUUCAGCCUAUCUUUGCCAUCCUCAAUCAACUACAGGGUGUUUUGGACAGUAUUCAUGUUCCGAAACAAGGGGGAGAAGUUGUUAAAGAAAAAGAAAAACCUAAGCCUCAACGACUCAAGCCUCAGAUCAAGAAGCCUACCGAGGAACAACAUGAGAAUAAACAAAAGAAAGAUUUUAAGGUUAAUGAAGCAUCGAGAUCUAAAGGAAAAGGAAAACUGACAUAUGACGAUGAAAUUGAAGAAGAAUUGUUUGAAGGAGAAAAUUGA